GUGUCCUGGCAGUGUUGGUGCUGCUGAGCCACAACACUACAGGACCACACAAAGCCCGAGCACCACGCUAACACCUCACUCACACUAACAUGGUGACAGAUGAUGAACUCUCCAGGUUAGCUGAACAAGCCAUACUGAGGGAAGCCAAGAGAGGUGCUCAAAGGGCUGAAAUCUCAGGUCCUUCUGGAUGGCUCAGAUGCAGACUUCCUUCCACCAACAAGACUUUCCUUCAUAAUACUCUCCAUGGAGCAUUGGCUGCCAAUCGUGCAAAGGAGAGACAAGAUAAAAGUCGUAGUGAAGAUGGGAAACGAAAACGACUCGUGGAAGAGAAGGAGAAAAACACUUACAAGAGGCUGUAUAUUCAUGCCAGCACUAAGUCCAAGAAUACUCAGCCAGUCAAAAAUGGAAAGAGUUCCAUACAAGGUUAUGAACUUUACCACAAGAAUGAGAAAAAGGUCGAUGUAGGAAGUGAUAAAGUGAUUAUAUGGAAUGAAACGGGUCUACAGCUCCAAAAUUUUAAUGGUGCGCGGAUAAUGAAUUCGGAGCAACCCAAAUCGUGUAAUAAAGAGGGGAAGAGGAAAACUAUUAAUUCAGAUUUAUUACCCAGAAACAUUAAUUUUAUCUCGAGCGCCAGUCAGGAUAGUCGUGGCGAUGAAAGAUGAGGAGUUCUUGUAAUAUUACUUUACUCUACUUAUUAGUUUUAACAUUCUAUUUAAUAUGGGUAAAAAAGAACUCUUGGUAUUAAAAGUAUUUCCCUGUGUGUGUGUGUAUGUGUAGUACUUAUUUAGCAGGGAGGUGUACGUAGAACUUUCUUCCAUAUUUUUACAUGAUGGUGAAGACUUUAACAAUGUAUCUCAUAUGCAAAUUACUUAAAUGACAAAAAGGAUGCACAAAAGAUGAAUUACUGUAUUGAUAAUGUGGAAAGAUAAAGAAAAAUGUACAAGAAAUACAUAGAAGACAGAAACAUUUAUUAAAUAGUUAGUAUGGCUUUAAAUACAAUGUAAUGUGUGGCUAAUUAAAAGUGGUGCCACUGUAGCUAUGUGGAAAAUAGGAGAACCACCAUUUGAAGAAUGUAUGUACAGUACAGUAGAGUACGUCUUAAGGCGCUGUUUUGUGAUGGUGCUUCUGUCAGCUUACAGAGGCAACUGAUCUACGUAAUAAUUUGUUCAAAGACAAAUUAUUUUGUUAAAAUUGUAGCCUAAAUCAUCAGAAAUAUUGUACUGUACAUCUCUGGGGUUGGGGUUGGUCUUAACUUUGAAGAUGUCAGAAAUGAAUAUAUGGAGAGUUACUGUAUUGCUGAAAGUUGGUGAAGUUGAUCUGAACUUUGAAAACAUAGGAAGUUAAACUGUUAUGUGAUUGACAAUGUUAAAUAAUUAUUAUCCAAAUAUUAACUAGCUACCUCACAGAUAAGCAGUGGUGGCAGAGUACAGUAUAUACUGGUACUCUACGUGUCCACGAUGUUUUGACAUUGUAUAAAGUGAUGGCUGUAUAACAAUCAGUAUUAUGCAAGAGGCCCAGUAAACACUUAAAGCACAAAUGUUAUAACACAGCCUCUCCCCUGAGGUCCUCCUGGCUGGACCCGAGGUCCUCCUGGCUGGACCCGAGGUCCUCCUGGCUGGACCCGAGGUCCUCCUGGCUGGACCCGAGGUCCUCCUGGCUGGACCCGAGGUCCUCCUGGCUGGACCCGAGGUCUUCCUGGCUGGACCCGAGGUCCUCCUGGCUGGACCCGAGGUCUUCCUGGCUGGACCCGAGGUCUUCCUGGCUGGACCCAAGGUCCUCCUGGCUGGACCUGAUGAUCAACAAUAAUCUGUUAAUGAGUGAAACUUUAUAAAAGUAUCUAGUACAGUACAGUAUGUUACAGUACAGCACAGUACAGUAUGUUACAGUACAGCACAGUACAGUAUGGUACAGUACAGUAUAGUGUUAGACUUCACCCAGGCAUUAAAAUUUGUUGUCUGAGAAAAUUAUGACAUUAAAGAUCACAUAUUAUUUUUACUAGGUACGGUCCCCUUCACUAGUCAGUUUACAGGGGCUAGUCAUAUAAACAUUCCAUGAAUAAUUACAUUGAGAUAUUUGUUUUAAUAUUGUUUUACAUUGAUUCCAUAGUAGGUUUACUAUUGCUAGUUCCUUUUGUCAAAUAAAUACAAACACAGGGCUUCCACACUACACAAAACCUGACAGGCCCCUGUAAAUGCACUAUUGAAGGGAACUGCCAAAUGGAGAGUGUGAUAGUUUAUAAGUAAGUGGUUAUGUCUCUUAUUAAAGACUUGGUUUUAUGAAUCAUGGCAAUUACUGUACAGGUAAUUCUUUCCUUCCUCCACAGAUUGUCAACAGAUUUUAACUUUGGGAAUUUGUAAUCUGUAUUUUAUGGCAUAUAAGAUGCACAUUUUUGUCUGAAAAAUAGCUAAAAAAAAUCAGCCUGUGUCCUAUAGGUAAAGUUGUGUUCUCCUAUAAGCUAAUGAAUCCUCCCAGUUGCUGUCUCCAGUAGGCUAAAUUCUACCUAACCCAACUCUAGAAUAAAAAUAUGUCAUUGCUUAUUUAAUUAUUUUUUAUUAAUUUAAAAUAAUAUUUAUUGUAAAUAUAAAAACUGGAUUUAUAACUACUGUACAGUACUGAUGAUGGUAACGUGAGACGAUUAACAUCCGUACGGCAGACUCCCAACUCUUCAAAGCUAAGCAGUAACCAUUUCUGAACUCUUACAAGCAUUACAAUCUAUUAAUGUCAUGCCUGCAACAUUUAUUUUUAAAUCUACAAAUACCUGAUACAAAUGAAGAUUUACAGAUAACAUUCUUUUCACAUUUGCAUCUGUUAACAUCGCUGGCAGCAUUGUAGCCACGUUAGACUCAUCACUGUAACCACCAGGCUACUGGGCCAAGCUGUGAGGUGGUAUGGUUGUUUUUCGACUCUUAUUUUUGGGUACAGUGGUCCCUCGGUUGACGAGCACAAUCCAUUCCAGCAGGUUACUCGCUAACCGAAACCAUUGUUUCAAUGGGUUUUUGGGUAAUUGGUUACAGCUCACCGAAAAUUGCCCAAAUUCAAUAAAAAUGUUAGAAAUUGACACUUACCUUGAGGUGUGUAUGUAGAAGGCUCCUGGAUGAUGAUGCUGAUGUGAAUUUGAAGUGGGGGGUGGAGGAGGAGAAGGGAGAAGAGAAGGAAGUGGAGG